GCUUAACUUUCAUAUCAUGGACCACUCAACACCUCUGUCGCAGCAAAACCGUCGCCUUUCUCAAGUUUCCAAAGAUGUCCCCAGUCCUACGAAGCCCCGCUCUCACCCAGUCAAGACAGUCCUGAAGGAAGAGCAAGUCAACCGUCUUCUUGACUCGUUUUCAUUUUCAUAUGAAGAUAGAAUUGCCAAAGCUCUCGAACCAGAUGCUUCCGAGUCCACGGCACCUUCAAUAUUGGAAACAGGCUAUCUGGAGAGUGUUGAUAUUGCACUGGAGAAGGUGAAAAAACAAUGUAAAGAUGCCCUGGAACAACUCGAACAGGUUCAAAAGCAACUUCGAUCAAGAUCACAACGACCCCAUGUUUUCAAAAGUCCAAUUCCCGGGACAACCGUAUCUGGCGAGGAAGCUAUGAGGAUGAAUGCGGCACAACGUAAAGCAAUUUUGCAGGAGAAAGAACGGGCACUAAGAGCAGAACUUGAGCAGAGGAAGCGAGAUAUGCUAGUCUUUGAAAAUGAUGAUGAAAUUGUUCUGGACGCACGAGUUCGAAAGGAAGUUGUAGAAAUUGUGGAUCAAUACCAGUCUGAUGAAGGAUUGACUGCACUGGAAAACCAGUUGUGGAAAGAGCUGAAUCGGAAGGAGAGCGAACAAGGCAUUGAACAAUUUCUGGAGCAGAAGCGGGAUGAUCUUCGGAAUUGCGUCGAAGAUACAGUGAAAGCAAAAGGAGCUAACGUUGCAAUCUUACAAAAACAAAAGGAAGUCAAGGAACGGUUGCAGGAGGAAUGCAAUGAGUUUGAAAAGACCCUCCGUGCUUUCGUUCAGCGUCAUUAUCCUCUUCCGGCAAUUAUGGGCAGUGAGCGAAAGCGACCUUUGGAGCGUGACGAUGGAGCUGAGCUCGCUCCUGAAACAUGUCACUCAGUCACCCAACUGUCUCUGAUGAAUAUUAUCGACCAAUUGCUACAGCAAUUCGAAACGACACCUGAUGAUCCAUAUAUCACUCUUUUGAACGGAACAUAUUAUCCUCCCCAUGUGGAGAUGCUGCUUCGAGCGGACGUGGUUGAGCGGGAUGAGCAAAAUCCUGCUAGGAUAAAGCUCGUUGACUUCCAUUUAUAGUUCAAACUAUCAUAUUGCAACUUUUUUUACAAAUUGAAAGCGUAAUACAGCAAGACGCACACUAACAGCGCAUGCCUACUUGGGCUGCCAUGAAUGGUUUGCUUCUCAUCGGUACAAUUGCUACUGAUGUGGCAUUCAAAAGC